AAAUAAAAUAUUGUUAGAAAAUAUUUUAUAACGAAUUUUCCAAGUAAACUAAGUUUUAUGUAUGAUAAUGGCAACUCCACCGGAAAAUUUUAUAAUCAAAACAGAAAUAACUGAAGAUGAUUUCGAAUGUUUGAUGCAACGAAUCGAUGUUAUAGAAGCAAAGCUUAACAAAGUUUUGGAGCAACAGGAAGAGCUCGGAAAAAUGUUAUUUGAAAGUAAUACGCUUUUGCGUAGAAACUUAGAGAUUUGUGACGGUACACCACAAAGGUUUCCGCUGCAGAACGAUAAAGAACUCCAAGAUUUGGAAGAAGAUCUUAAAUCAGAAAAAAAACACGAUAUUGUUGUCAGUAUGAGGCAGGUUCUAUGCGGAUCUAUUAAAAACAUUGAAAGAAUUCUUGGUAAAUCUUUAAUUUCUUCAUAUAAUUACGAUGGCUUUAAAGGGAAAAAAGCACUCAAAAUUUAUAAACACUUCAUGUUAUCGUUAUAUGAAGCUGUCAAGAAAAAUGGAUAUAGUUCAAGCGAUUUUCAAAUGGAAUUGCGGUCAACACUAAGAAAAAUUAAGAACAAAUAUCAGAAACGACAUAGUAGACAAAUGUGAUUUUAAAUACUA